AUGUCCGGCGGCGGAUCAACUGCCCUCGCCAACGGGCUCGCGCGCUUGGCCCGCUACUCCAUUGUGCUGGGCGUGGCCGGCGCGGCCGCCCAGUCCUCCCUCUACGUCGUCAACGGCGGCCAACGGGCCGUGAUUUUCAAUCGCCUCCUCGGUAUCGAGGAAAAGGUGCGCGGCGAAGGAAUGCAUCUCUGCAUACCCUGGGUGCAACGCCCCAUCAUCUUUGACAUCCGCACGCGUCCGCACGCCAUCAACUCGGUCACAGGAACCAAUGAUCUGCAGAUGGUCAACCUCACGCUGCGCGUCCUGUCCAAGCCAGACAAGGAGAAGCUCCCCACCAUUUACUCGAGGCUCGGCCUGGACUGGGACGAGCGCGUGCUGCCGUCCAUCGCUAACGAGGUGCUCAAGGCGAUUGUCGCACAGUACAAUGCCGAGCAGCUGCUUACGCAGAGAGAGGCCGUUUCCAGGCAGAUCAGGGAGACGCUUACCGCCAGGGCCAAGCAAUUUAAUAUUGAGUUGGACGAUGUUUCUAUGACCCAUCUCACGUUUGGAAGGGAGUAUGCGUCGGCGAUUGAGGCCAAGCAAGUUACGCAGCAAGAGGCGGAGCGCUCUAAGUACAUUGUGCAGGUCGCGGAGCAGGAGAAGAUCGCGGCAGUUGUUAGGGCCGAGGGAGAGUCAACGGCCGCCCAGCUCAUUUCGGAUGCUAUGUCAAAGAGUGGAGAUGGCCUGUUGCAACUGCGAAGAAUUGAGGCCGCGAAGGAGAUUUCCGCCACCCUCUCCAGGUCGAGGAAUAUCGUCUACUUGCCAAAGGGGUCUAAUGUCUUGCUAAACAUGGGCUAGUGUAGUAGUUGAAGUAGCAACGAAGGUUGUGGUUGGAUAAAGACGUACAGUACAAUACA